AUGUCGCCUCUAAAUCGUAAUGGUUUAAAUAUAGUUAAUAUCGACGUGAAAGAUGUGAGGUUCCCAACAAGUCUUGGGGGCCAUGGAUCUGAUGCUUUGCACACAGAUCCCAAUUACUCCUGCGCAUACGUCACAACCACGACUGAGAACGGCAAGCAAGGCUACGGGCUCACCUUUACUUGUGGACGAGGCACUGAGAUCGUCGUUUUAACUAUCCGCUCUUUGAAGAAGUUUAUCCUAGGACGAAAUGCGGCGGACAUUUUUGCAGAUUUUGCUGGUUUCUGGCGCGCAAUCACCAAUGAUUCUCAAAUGAGAUGGCUUGGACCUGAGAAAGGUGUCGUACAUUUGGCCGUUGCUGCUGUUCUGAACUCUUUAUGGGAUUUGUGGGCAAGAUUAGAAAAUAAGCCACUUUGGAGACUCUUAGUUGAUAUGUCACCAGAGGAGCUGGUGUCAACAAUAGAUUUUCGUUAUAUAACUGAUGUAAUUACAAAAGAAGAAGCUACUAUAUUAUUAAAAGAAAAGCGUGUUGGAAAAGAUGAAAGAGUAAAAGAAUUAUUAGAAAAAGGUUACCCAGCGUAUACCACUCAAGUAGGUUGGUUGGGUUACAGCGACGAACUAGUGCAGCAACUGUGCAAUAAAUAUUUAAGUCUUGGAUUUAAACACUUCAAAGUAAAGGUUGGACUUAAUAUAGAAGAUGACUACAGAAGAUGCAGCGCUGUGCGCAGAUCUAUCGGAAAUGAUAAAUUUUUGAUGGUAGAUGCAAAUCAAGCAUGGAGCGUAGGCGAGGCUAUAGAAUGGAUGAAGAAAUUGUCUCCCUUGAAGCCAAUGUGGAUCGAAGAGCCGACUUCGCCAGAUGAUGUACUGGGACACGCGGCCAUAGCUCGAGCAUUGAAGCCCUACGGCAUCGGCGUGGCGACGGGCGAGAUGUGCGCCAACCGCGUCAUGUUCAAGCAGUUCCUGCAGAGCGGCGCCAUGCAGUACUGUCAGAUAGACUCCGCGCGGAUCGGCGGUAUAAACGAGAUACUUGCGGUUUAUCUGAUGGCAGCUAAACUUAAUGUAAAGGUCUGCCCACACGCGGGCGGCGUAGGUCUCUGCGAAAUGGUACAGCACUUACAGUACUGGGACUACGCGUGCGUGUCCACCACUAUGGAAGACCGCCUCAUAGAGUAUGUGGACCAGCAACACGAACACUUCUACGACCCCUGUGUUGUGGAGAACGCUAGAUAUAUGGCACCUAAGUCACCCGGAUACAGUACGCAAUUUCUACCGGAGACGUUAGAAAAAUUCUCAUAUCCCAAUGGAAGUGAAUGGCAGCGAAUGUUCAAAGAAGGCAUAUUCCCUUUGCCAGACGAAGCGGAACGUGUUAAUGUG